AUGUCUACAUUCUCCGAUCUCACCCGCACCGAGAAGCGCGACAUGAUUCGCGGCGAGCCCUUCGACGGUCCGCAAGUCACCAUGGAACCCAGGAGCGUACGUGACCUCCUCGAUACGCUCGACAGCAUCCCCAACAACAAGUUGGGCACUACACACCCCGCCGCCGCCUCCCUCGCCCUCCUCGAAGAGAACUGGGGCGUCGACAUGACCUCCUUCCCCCCUCCCCCUCCCAUGUACGGUGGACGUACAUUCCGUCCGGCCGGUGACGCGGCGACUUGGGACUUGCGCCUGUUGGCCACUCUGGCAGUCUUGUCGGAGUUUACGCACGGCCAGGGCGACUACAUGGGCAGCCAGAUCAAUUCGGCGGUAGAAUUGAGGAACAUCAACAAGAGGUUCAAGAAGGACCUUGACUUGGUGACUACAGUCGAUGUGGUGAGGGUGAUUCGCGAUUUGCUGCAUCCUCUUGAGAUGAACGAAGAAGAUGUCUUGGCGACAAGGAAGCGCAAGAACGAGUACAACGGCCGCCGCAAGUCCGAGCGGGACAACACCAAGGCCACCGAGCAGGCCAUAGACACCGACAUGCCGGUUGGGGGUGAGGCGAUGGAGAGGGUUGAGAAGAAGUUGAGGAAGACAAGGCUUCCUGACAAGGUCGAGUCUGACUCCGAGGAGGAGAUGUUGGCUCCUGGAGACCGCAUGGAGUAG